AUGGCUGUACCUCUGAUCAAUAGGCACCCGCUCCAGCGACUGCCGAGUCCCUCUCGAGGGAUCUCCGCACUGGUGCAUUUGGCUGGUCUCUCCAGCUUUUUUUGGGCUUUCAAAUACAUGCAUGAGAACCCCAACCAAGCGAAUCAAGCGUACGGUUGGCAUUUCCAAUAUCUAACGGUCAUUGGCUUGACGCUGUCUACUCUUACUUUCACGGUUGGGCUCCUGGCGGAUAUCACAUUAUCCCGCCGACUGUUCUUGGUCAAGAAUCUUCUGUCAAUAUGCAGUGCGCCGCUUGAAGUUCUCAUCAGUGUCCUGUAUUGGGGUCUUCGCUCGGUCGAUGAGCGAUUGGUGAUUCCCGAAUGGGUUGUCAUUCCGCUUCAUGCCGAUCUCAGCUUCCAUGCCACUCCAUCAGUGGUGAUGCUUAUCGAUCUGCUAUUCCUUUCCCCGCCAUGGACAAUCACUGUCUUCCCGGCUCUGGUGGUGUCAAGCACGAUUGCAUUCGGGUACUGGUUUUGGAUUGAACAAUGCUUCGCUGUGAAUGGAUGGUACCCCUAUCCCAUCUUUGAAGCUCUUCCCACGGAAGGCCGCAUCGGUCUCUUCACUCUCAGUGCAGCAGUCAUGGCACUUAGCACCAUAACCCUCAAAUGGCUCCAUGGGCGUGUGAAUGGAUUCGGGAACCAAGCUAAACCAGAAUCUCGCCCAGGGGACAUCAGGCGUAUGAAUGGUCUUUAG